CGCCCCCGCCACCCUGUCGGACAUGUCGGGUCCCGUGCCGAGCAGGGCCAGGGUCUACACGGACGUCAACACGCACAGGCCCCGAGACUACUGGGACUACGAGUCGCAUGUCGUCGAAUGGGGGAACCAGGAUGACUACCAGCUCGUCCGGAAACUCGGCCGCGGGAAAUACAGCGAGGUGUUCGAAGCCAUCAACAUCACCAACAACGAGAAGGUCGUCGUCAAAAUUCUCAAGCCGGUGAAAAAGAAGAAAAUCAAGCGGGAAAUCAAAAUCUUGGAAAACCUGCGCGGGGGACCCAACAUCAUCACCUUGGCCGACAUCGUCAAAGACCCCGUGUCCCGGACCCCGGCCCUGGUCUUCGAGCACGUCAACAACACAGACUUCAAGCAACUGUACCAGACGCUAACGGACUACGACAUCCGGUUUUACAUGUACGAGAUCCUCAAGGCCCUGGAUUACUGCCACAGCAUGGGGAUCAUGCACAGAGAUGUCAAGCCCCACAACGUCAUGAUCGACCACGAGCACAGAAAGUUGCGGCUGAUCGACUGGGGCCUGGCCGAGUUCUACCACCCGGGGCAGGAGUACAACGUGCGAGUCGCCUCCCGCUACUUCAAGGGGCCCGAGCUCCUCGUCGACUACCAGAUGUACGACUACAGCCUGGACAUGUGGAGCCUGGGCUGCAUGCUGGCCAGCAUGAUCUUCCGCAAGGAGCCCUUCUUCCACGGACACGACAACUACGACCAGCUGGUGAGAAUAGCCAAGGUCCUGGGCACGGAGGACCUCUACGACUACAUCGACAAGUACAACAUCGAGCUGGACCCCAGGUUCAACGACAUCUUGGGCAGGCACUCUCGGAAGCGGUGGGAGCGCUUUGUGCACAGUGAGAACCAACACCUGGUGAGCCCCGAGGCCCUCGACUUCCUGGACAAGCUGCUGCGAUACGACCACCAGUCCCGCCUCACCGCCCGCGAGGCCAUGGAGCACCCCUACUUCUACCCCAUCGUGAAGGACCAGGCGCGGAUGGGCUCGUCCACCCUGGCCGGGGGCAGUGCCCCCGUCAGCACCGCCAACAUGAUGGCAGGGAUCUCGUCGGUGCCAACGCCGUCCCCGCUGGGGCCCCUGAGCGGCUCCCCAGUCAUGGCCGCUGCCGCCGCCGCCGCCGCCGCCAACCCCCUGGGGCUCCCGGUGCCCGCGCCCGCCGCCGCCGCCGCCGCCGCCGCCCCCCAAUAA